UGGUGAGGGGUGCACAUAGGCUCUGGGGAGGGCAUGCACGGAUCAGGUUACCUUGACAGGAGGGAGCAAGAUGUGAAGGAACGGGAUGGUUGGUGUGGGGGUGCAAGGCCCAAAAAAAGCCACCAAUGUCUUCCACACGUGAGGGCGGGAGGCCUCAGCUGUGGCGGGGACCCUGAGUGCAGUCUUUUCACAUUCUAACCUGCCGACGCCAGGACUUCCAGCAUGGGCAGAGGGUGUGGUGCCGAUGGAGGGAAGGCGAAGAAGAAGGAAAGGGACUUGGAUGAGCUGAAGAAGGAGGUGUCCUUGGACGACCACAAAAUAUCUCUGGAUGAUCUGGGGAAACGCUAUGGAGUGGACCUUGCGAGGGGCUUGACCAAUGCCAAAGCGUUGGAGAUUCUUGCCAGGGACGGUCCAAACGCCCUGACCCCUCCCCCCACCACACCUGAGUGGGUCAAGUUCUGCCGUCAGCUGUUUGGCGGCUUCUCCAUCCUGCUCUGGAUCGGUGCCAUCCUCUGCUUCCUAGCUUACACCAUCCAGGUGGCCACAGAGGACGAGGCGCCCAAUGACAAUUUGUAUCUGGGCGUGGUGUUGGCAGCCGUGGUCAUCAUCACCGGUUGUUUCUCCUACUUCCAAGAAGCCAAGAGCUCCCGAAUCAUGGACUCAUUCAAGAAAAUGGUGCCACAGAAAGCAUUGGUGAUUCGGGAGGGGGAGAAGAUGCAUAUCAAUGCUGAGCUUGUGGUGCAGGGAGAUCUGGUGGAGAUUAAAGGGGGAGACCGCAUCCCAGCUGACCUUCGAGUGGUCUCCUCCAGCGGGUGCAAGGUGGACAACUCGUCUCUGACGGGAGAAUCUGAGCCUCAGACUCGCACCCCGGAGUUCACGCACGACAAUCCUCUGGAGACCCGUAACAUCUGUUUCUUUUCCACCAACUGUGUCGAGGGAACGGCCCAUGGAAUUGUGGUAGGCACCGGUGACCGAACGGUGAUGGGUCGCAUCGCCACGCUGGCGUCAGAGCUGGAAGUCCGCCGGACACCCAUCAACAUAGAGAUUGAACAUUUCAUCCACCUCAUCACAGGCGUGGCCGUCUUCCUGGGCAUGUCCUUCUUCAUCCUGUCAAUUAUACUGGGCUACACCUGGCUGGAGGCCGUCAUCUUCCUCAUUGGCAUCAUCGUGGCAAAUGUACCCGAGGGACUGCUGGCUACUGUCACUGUGUGUCUGACGCUCACUGCCAAGCGAAUGGCCAAGAAGAACUGUCUGGUAAAGAACCUGGAGGCCGUAGAAACUCUGGGCUCCACCUCCACCAUCUGCUCCGACAAGACGGGCACGCUGACCCAGAACCGCAUGACCGUGGCCCACAUGUGGUUCGACAACCAGAUCCACGAGGUGGACACCACCGAGCACCAGACUGGUUUGGGUUUUGACAAGAGCUCUGCUACCUGGGCUUCUCUUUCUCGUGUGGCCGGCCUGUGCAACAGAGCUGAUUUCAAAGGCGGACAGGAGGAAUUUCCCAUCCUGAUGAGGGAGACAGCGGGGGACGCAUCAGAGUCAGCUCUGUUGAAAUGCAUCGAGCUGUGUUGUGGGAGUGUUCGGGAAAUGAGAGCUAGAAACCUCAAAGUGGCAGAGAUCCCCUUCAACUCCACCAACAAAUACCAGCUCUCUGUCCAUGAAGUGGAGGACAAUCCCUCUGGUCAUAUUCUGGUCAUGAAGGGAGCGCCGGAGAGAAUCUUGGACAGGUGCAGUAGGAUUAUGCUCCACGGCCAGGAGCUGCCCCUUGAUGAAACCUGGAGAGAGUCUUUCCAGAAUGCCUACAUGGAGCUUGGAGGACUGGGAGAGAGAGUUCUGGGCUUCUGCCACACAAAUCUGUCUUCCACCCAGUUCCCUCGAGGAUUCAACUUCGACAGCGAAGAAACGAACUUCCCCACCGAGCAGCUCUGCUUCCUGGGUCUCAUCUCCAUGAUUGAUCCGCCGCGUGCCGCUGUGCCUGACGCAGUGGGUAAAUGCCGCUCUGCCGGUAUCAAGGUGAUCAUGGUGACAGGGGACCACCCAAUCACAGCCAAAGCCAUCGCUAAAGGUGUGGGCAUCAUCUCUGAGGGCAACGAGACGGUUGAUGACAUCGCUGAGAGACUCAACAUUCCUCUGAGCCAAGUCAACCCCCGGGAUGCGAAGGCUUGCGUGGUCCACGGUGCAGACCUAAAGGACAUGAGCCCCGAGUACCUGGACGACCUGCUGAGGAACCACACUGAGAUAGUGUUCGCUCGCACCUCUCCUCAGCAGAAGCUCAUCAUAGUGGAGGGCUGCCAGAGACAGGGGGCAAUCGUGGCCGUGACAGGCGACGGAGUGAAUGACUCCCCGGCCUUGAAGAAAGCCGACAUCGGCGUUGCCAUGGGGAUUGCCGGCUCCGAUGUGUCCAAGCAGGCAGCCGACAUGAUCCUGCUGGACGACAACUUUGCCUCCAUUGUCACCGGAGUGGAGGAGGGUCGUCUCAUCUUUGACAACCUGAAGAAGUCCAUUGCAUACACGUUGACCAGUAACAUCCCAGAGAUCUCGCCCUUCCUCCUCUUCAUCUGUGCAAGUGUUCCUCUUCCGCUGGGGACUGUCACCAUCCUCUGCAUCGACCUGGGCACUGACAUGGUUCCGGCCAUCUCAUUGGCUUAUGAGACAGCUGAGAGUGACAUCAUGAAACGCCAACCAAGGAAUCCCAAAACAGACAAGCUGGUCAAUGAACGCCUCAUCAGCAUGGCAUACGGGCAGAUAGGGAUGAUCCAGGCUCUUGCUGGUUUUUUCACCUACUUUGUGAUUUUGGCUGAGAACGGCUUCCUCCCGAAGAACCUGGUGGGCAUCCGCAUCAGGUGGGACGACCGUGAAGUAAAUGAUGUGGAGGACAGCUAUGGGCAGGAGUGGACCUAUGAGCAGAGGAAGAUCAUUGAAUUCACCUGCCACACCUCCUUCUUCAUCAGCAUCGUUGUCGUGCAGUGGGCCGAUGUUAUUAUCUGCAAGACCAGGAGGAACUCCCUCUUUCAGCAGGGCAUGAAGAACAGGAUCCUGAUCUUCGGUCUGUUUGUUGAGACGGCUCUGGCUGCCUUCCUCUCCUACUGCCCUGGAAUGGACAUCGCCCUGCGCAUGUACCCCCUAAAGCCCCUGUGGUGGUUCUGUGCCUUCCCAUACAGUCUUCUCAUCUUCAUUUAUGAUGAGGUCCGUAAAUUAAUUCUGAGGAGGAGCCCCGGAGGUUGGGUGGAGAAGGAGACAUAUUAUUAAUAUUCAGAAAAUGUCAUUUUGAAUUGUGUGUGCGUGUGUGUGUGUGUGUGUGUGUGUGUGUGUGUGUGUUUGUGUGUGAGAUCGUGAGGGUAGAACUGUGUGUGUCGGUCAGUUGUAAUAUUGCAUGGAUCAGUUCACAUAUCUGAUUAUCAUAAAAAAUACUGCUGAAAAUAGGCUUUUCAUUGUGCUUUGAGUUUUUCUUUUUUUGUUUUCUCAGAAAACAUUUCCAGCAAAACAAUGGUAAUGUACCUGUGUGCAUUAUAUAAACUGUUCCCAGAGGGACAUAUCAUGGCCUGUGUGGCUCUAAAGGAAUACCAAAUGUUGUUCAUUGUGUGUAAUGUACCAAAUAAAAUGUAUUCCGAAAU